UGUCUCGUCAAUGAGCGUUUCUGUGUGGGUUCUAUGUCCUUCAGUUUUGUGGCUGGAUUCUGAUUUUACCCUCACUGAAAACCCCUUGGAUUGUGGACUCGGGAUCGCUGCUGUACGUGCAGCCCUGAACACAAAACCUGCGUUUGUUUUGCGCGGAUUGUGUAGCCUGUUUUAUUCUAACUUUAUGCACGAAAUGGAAUGCAGAGUAUUGUCAAUUCAGAGUCAUGUUGUCAGAGGAUAUGUUGGCAAUAAAUCGGCAUCAUUUCCGUUACAGGUGCUGGGGUUUGAGGUGGAUUCAAUCAACUCGGUACAAUUCUCCAAUCAUACAGGCUACUCCCACUGGAAAGGCCAGGUGCUGACCGCUGACGAGCUGCACGUCCUCUACGAGGGGAUCAAGCUCAACAAUGUCCACCACUACGACUAUGUUCUCACAGGGUACACUCGAGACACUUCCUUUCUGGAGAUGGUUGUGGACAUCGUACAAGAGCUGAAGAGGGCCAAUCCUAAACUUGUGUAUGUGUGUGACCCGGUGCUGGGGGACCAUGGCUCCAUGUACGUUCCUGAGAACCUGCACCCGGUCUACAAGAACAAGGUAGUGCCAGUGGCCGACAUCAUCACACCCAAUCAGUUUGAAGCAGAGCUCCUGACAGGGAAGAACAUUAGCACAGAGAAAGAUGCAGUGGAGGUGAUGGACCUGCUCCAUAAGAUGGGUCCUGACACGGUGGUCAUCACCAGCUCUGACCUGCCCUCGCGUUUGGGUGACCGCUUCCUUGUGUCCCUGGGCAGCCAGAGGACGUUGAUGCCUGAUGGUACCAAGUCCACCCAGAGGGUCCGUAUGGAGAUCCCCAAGGUGGACGCUGUGUUUGUGGGGACAGGGGACCUGUUUGCUGCGAUGCUGCUGGCCUGGACUCACCACUACCCCAACGACCUCAAGACUGCAUGUGAGAAGACUUUCUCAGUCAUGCAUCACGUUAUCAAGAGGACCAUCUCCUAUGCUCACGAGUUAGCAGGGCCUGGCCGAAAACCCAGCCCACCUCAACUGGAGCUGAGAAUGGUUCAGAGCAAAGCGGACAUCGAGGACCCCGCCAUCGUGAUGGAGGCUACUGUCCUAACCCUAUAGAGCCCCCACAUCCCAUCCUCCUCCCCCACCCACCCCUCCACCCGCUCCACAACCGCACAAUGUAUAGGUGUUGUACAUUUUUAUCUGUAAUGUGACAUUGCCUUAGAAAUCUCUUACAGAGCACAACAUUUCCAUAUGAGGAGACUUAGCAGGGUAUGGAUGGACAGACUGGGGGGUGAGCAGAGGAGGGGAAGACGUGAGUGGACUGGGGUGGGGGCUACUGCACCUCGCGCAACUCCCUUUGACAACCUGGUCUCUCUCGGUCUCUCUUCAUCUCUCCCACUCCCUCUAUGAGCUCGCCUAACCUCUUGGUUUGUCCUGCACACACAGCUUCACAGCCCAGCCCAGGCCUAGACUAUUCCAAGGCCAGGCAUCACAGGGCUUAGGCCUAUUGGAGUUGCAGCACUAGCUAACUACGGUGGCAAUGUGGUGGCCCAGUCUAGCUAAGGCCGAGGUUAUAUCUGGUAGAGGUUGAUCGAUUAUGAUUUUUCAAUGCCAAUACCGAUUAUUGGAGGACCAAAAAAGCCGAUACCGAUUAAUCGGCCGCUUUUUAUAUAUAUAUUUGUGAUAAGGACAAUUACAACAAUAAUGAAUGAACA